AUGGACACAUCUUUCUCCUUACCGCCCACUCGUCGAACAAAUCAAGCCUGUGAUGCUUGCAAACUCAGGAAAGUCAAAUGCAAUGGUCAGGCCAAAUGUCAGCAAUGCAGUCAUCUCAAUCUCCGCUGUGUUUAUUCUGCGCCCAAGCCAAGAACAAAGACAUUGAAGCGUGGAAAACUCAUCGCACAAUACAAGGAAAACACAUCUGGACGCAACGAGAACUCGGACUCAAGUCCUGCUCAACCAUCGCCAUCUCUAAUCAUCCAUGACGCGCCAUUCUUCACUAGUUUCCUGGACGAUUAUGAGGCCUCUGUAUACCCUGUCAACCCCAUCAUGACCGUGGAUGAUGUUUUGGCCUCGAUCCGAGAGAUGGAUCAGAAUGCGGAAGCCAAAACUUUCGUCUAUGCUUACACGGCCAUCACGAUUGCAUUAACAAACAAAAGCCCGGACAACUCCAUUGACUCUCAGUCGCAAGUGAGGUAUUGGCUAGAAGAACUCAUCAAAGCCAGGGCAGCUAUUGCUUUCGACGAGAAAAUGUCUGUCCGAAGGGUCAUGAUCAGCCAGUUUACUCACAUCUCUCUCAUGUGCCUUGCCAACAUGGACAUGUCUUUCUACUACGUCCGUGAAUCCAUUACCAUGAUUCAAAUGCUUCGUAUUGGCCACCCGGAAGCCAUGGAUAAGCUAAAUUCAAACGAGCGUGCUCGCAGACAAAGAUUAUACUGGGAGGUGUUCAUUCAUGAAAGAUACCUGGCCAUAUCCAACUAUCGCCCGGUAGUGCUACCACCUUUGCAUGAUCUUCCGGAGUUCGACCCGUCAAUACCUCCCGGUGUACACGAAGGGUUUUUGCAGAUCAUUCGACUCUUCCGUCUCAUCGACGAAGGCUUUCUCGCCAACUGGUUCGGCACCACAACAGUGACUCGGGAAUGGAUUGACCGCAAACACAAAGAGAUUGACGAGGAGCCUGUUGGAAACGAAGCUCAUAUCGGCAUAACGCCAUUGUCGGACAUGCAACAGGCGGAUUUGAUCGUAACUAAACACUGGUUGAGAAUGUUGGUAUGGCAGAUGGCCAUGUCGAAAUGCUUGCUCAGCUCCGUCUCAUCAAAGGAAUCACUAUCACUGUCAUUCCCAGUGCGCCUGUCAACACAACUACGCGCGCUUAUGACAAGAUUCUCACGACAAGCUAUAGAGAUUCAUGGUUCUGGCAUUCAACAAAAACUCUUCGAGCUCACCGACACAAUUGCCAAUGUCAUCAUUACAGUUCCUGCAUCUACAGUUCAAGAAACGGCUGGCCGCGUGGACGACUUCACAUUUCUGAUCGGUUUCCUUUUUUCUCUACCUAGCUUCGAUCCAGUCCAGAAAGAAAUUCUGCAAAACAAACUGGAGCAGCUACAGUCAUUGUUUCCCUACUCGGCCAGCGAAGCCGGUGCAUCGCCAGCGGCCAGCGACGUCACAUACGCGUCUAGUAGCAGGCCACCACAGUACGACCUUCCAUCGCCCCCAUCACGCAUCGUCUGGCAUGAAAUGGCGAAAAAAUUAUCAAUGGCACAGCCCCAGGAACCUCCUCGAUCAGAUUCGACUCGCCUCAUUGAAGGCGUCUGA